AUCCAGACCGGACUCCAUGCGGAACCACGAUCGUCUUGGCGACGUGUCAAAAAUUGACCGGACAAUGAUCGGUUCGAGACAAAAAGAGGUACCAAAACUAAUUUUCUCUAUGCAACCGAUGACUUCAGACCGAUGGUUCUGGAUCGCUUGGCUUCCGUACGAGGCUCUAUAAAAGCGAUCUGGCCUCCACGAUCGGGGUUAGUUUAGGUCCAGUGUUCGUGAAGCUCGCGUUUCGGAUGAUCAGUGUUUCGAUAGAAUGAAAAAGUGUGCAGUGUUCAGUGCCACAACUGUGAUUCUGUCUCUUGGACUUAAGUUAUCGCUAGCCUAUCCAUACGCAAAUAGUUACCCCUAUAGUACGGCAAUUGUGACAGAAACCAAGCUGCUGAAGGGUGGCUCAGGGCAGGGUAGUUCUGCGGGUGAGAAAAACGUGCGCGACUUUGCCCGGGAUCUCGUGCUAGAUGAAAGUGACAAAAUUAAUUCGGCAGCGGAUGCUGUCCGGUAUCACGCACUGGACAACCAGUUGAAUGGUCACCGGAUAGCGGAUACUUCCAAAGGGGGCUCCGUGGACAAGGUGAAACAAUUGGCUGGAGAAAACUAUGAAACCGAUAAGAAGCACAAUCGAAAGCAGGUGAAAUCUGGUUUUUCUAAUUCAUACCACAAGGAUGAAACCGGAAGCAAAAGUUCAUACUACGAAGACUCCGAUGACCGCGGCGGGAAGCAAGUGUUCGAUAACAGACAGAAUGUGAGGAACAACUACAACGAUCAUUUGUACGAUAAGGAGCUAAGAAACGAUCAGCUGCGGGAUCGGUACGACGAUCGCUUCGGCAACUCGGAUCUUGAAGGUGUUCGCGAUCAGCAGCAUCACACUGCAGCUGGAAGAGGAAAUCAUCACGACUACCGUGGAGGCUUUCACGAUGGUGGUGGUCAUCAGCUAGAUUCGUACGGAGUAGAGUACUAUCCUGGUUUGCCACCGUUGGUGCCCAUACCGAACUCGGACGAAAUGUUCCGGCGGCACAGUUACUACGAGCCCCGUCCAACGUUCAUGACCGGACCCUCGUCGACCAUUACCGUGUACGAGGAUCCCCGAGAAGCUUUCCCGUAUGAUCAACACCGACGCCCGUUUUCCGCCAAUCGACGGGAUGGUCUGUUCCGGCGAUUCGAGGACGAUCUGGGGGAACGAACCAGAAUCAUCUUCAGGCCCAGCCCGCUGCUAAACUAUAGAGGACGCUACUGAUCGAGAAAGAAGAUUUCUUCGUUGAUGAGAGGAUUGGUAGAAUAGACGAUAAGUUUAGGAAGAUAUGCAUUUACUGUAAUAA